ACAUAACAUUGGUAGUUAUUUUCAACACAUUCUUCAAUACUAUAAAAAAAAAAUUCUUAAAGAUCAAAAUCUGUUCAUUUUUUAUGCCAUUUUCAAUUCUGAAUAUUUAUUAGAAUUCAAAAAUAAUUCAAGUAUAUAAUAAUAAUAAUUAUGAAAUCAUUACGAUCGAUUGGUAAUGUUUUGUUAAGAAAUUAUUUCAUUACACGACAAACAUCAUUGCAAAAACAUUCACAAAAUAUUCGCACUAUCUAUCAUACUAGUCAACAAUUUCGUGCACCGCCACCACCACCACCACCCUCAGCUUCAGAAACCAGUGACAACGAAAAGAAAAUUAAAUGCACACUAAUUCCCGGUGAUGGUGUCGGUCCUGAACUUGUAGCCUCGGUUAAAGAGGUAUUUUCUGCAUUAGGUGUUCCCAUUGAAUUUGAAGAACUUUUUCUCAGUGAGAUUUAUCCAUCGAUGAGUGUUUCAGUUGAAACUGUUAUCGAAUCAAUACAACGAAAUGGAAUCGCUUUGAAAGGAAUUUUAUCGACACCCUUUAGUAGCUAUGCCGGUGAAUUACAAACGUUAAAUAUGAAAUUACGUAAAGAUCUGGAUCUGUAUGCAAAUGUAGUUCAUAUACGAAGUUUUCCUGGUAUCAAAACAAAACAUCAAGGUCUAGAUUUCUAUGUUAUUCGUGAACAAACCGAAGGCGAAUAUAGUGCACUCGAACAUGAAAGCGUACCCGGCGUAAUUGAAUGCAUGAAAAUUAUAACCGAAGAAAAAUCUUUACGUAUCGCGAAAUUUGCUUUCGAUUAUGCAACAAAACAUGGACGAAAGAAAGUUACUUGUGUUCAUAAGGCUAACAUUAUGAAACUUGGUGAUGGCUUAUUUUUAAAAUGCUGUGAAGAAACAUCGAGACUUUAUCCACAGAUUUCAUUUGAUUCAAUGAUUAUCGAUAAUACCUGUAUGCAAUUGGUAUCGCAUCCGGACAAAUUUGAUGUUAUGGUUAUGCCAAAUCUUUAUGGUAAUAUCAUCGAUAACCUUGCAUCGGGUUUGGUUGGUGGUGCCGGUAUUGUACCUGGUGCAUCAUAUAGCACGGAUUGUGUCAUUUAUGAACCUGGUGCUCGUCAUACAUUUGGUGAAGCUGUCGGUAAAAAUAUUGCCAAUCCAACAGCCAUGUUAUUAUGUGCUGUAAAACUAUUGAGACAUGUUCAUCUACAUGAUUAUGCUGAUCUAAUUCAACGGGCUAUUGCCCGUGUUAUUGAAACCGGUAAAGUAAAAACCAGAGAUCUAGGUGGUUAUGCAUCGACAACCGAUUAUACAAUGGCCGUUAUUGCUAAUUUAGGCAUACAUUAAUUAAUUAUGAUUUAAAAAUUAUGUUUUUCCUAAAACUAUAAAAAAGAUACUGUCUAUUAUGAUGAA